AUGCGAUUCCGCGAAAUCUUCAGCUAUCGACUCCCGCAUCGCAUCCAUGCAGCCCAAGCCUACCCCUUGCGAUCUCCCAACGGUUCUUCGAUCAUCAUUUAUGGCUACGAAACCGGCUUGAAGGUCGUAUGGAGAGGAGGGAGGGAGUUUUCCGAAUUGAAGGAGGCCGCGCCCUCCACGCAGGUGAAAAGCGCAAAUAACGGCGAUGAUGCGGUCAUGAUCAUCGAUUCCGACGAGGAAGACACCUCUGCAGCACCUGCAGUACAAGAAGAGCCUAGCUUUGAAUUUGCUACAGAGGAGACUGAGGUCGAUCCUGCUUUUCCGUAUGAGCCGAUUCUGCGACAGAUUGAUAUCCCUUUGGAAAGUCGGGUGCUCGGUGUGGCAGUGCCUCGUGUUGUUCCUGACGAGGUGCGCUCGUCUCUCGAUCCUUUCCCAUCGGUUGCGAAGCACACUAUUGUUGUCGCGGCAGUAUGUUCCGACCUUUCCACUCGGGUCAUCACUUUGCCGCUUCUUCCACCUCACCCAGCACAAAAGGACCCACGGAGCUGGAAUAUCCAAAAGGUCACAAUCAAUGGAGGCGUGACCCACCAGGAUAUUCCCAGAGGUGUUUCUCUCACCUUCACCUUCCAGGAAUCUGAGGAUGAGCAAGAUCGUCGAAAGUCGCGAAGCGGCCAAACUGGAGGGUCUGGGAAAUGGGACCUCCUGGUUGCAACACAUUCUGCUGAGGGAUCGGGCGCCCUUUUGAUCCAUCGCAUUCCACUUCGAGAGGAGACUUUUGGUAAGGAUGUGCUCUAUCGUUUGGUGGAAGAGGACCUGGUCUCUCAACGGCGGGCCUUGCCAUCCCCUGCUCAGACAAUUGCUUUCAAUCCUUCCCCAUAUCCUUCCGCUCGUCACUCCAGUCUGUUGGUGGCAUUCCACAGUGGCUGCGCCAAGGUGUACUCUUGCUGUUCUAUCCAAAGAACUUCUUCCAAGGGCUCCCGGCGGGGGUCAAUUCCACAGGAGGAAUACGGAACCAUCGACACCGAAGGUCGAUGGCUCAUCAGUCUGUACCCAGGCUUUGAGCAGAAUCCGAAUGGGCUGACUCGACGCAAGACUAUCAUUGAUGCCGACUGGGUCCUUGGUGGACGCGCUGUCAUGGUACUUUUGGCAGAUGGCGAAUGGGGUGUCUGGGAUAUUGAAGGUGCUGGUCCCGGAACUACAAAGGGCCCGCUGCACCGUCAGUCGAAUGUGCAGGGAGUCACCGGGGGAUCGUUGACUACAUACGCCGUCAGCGGUCGUAUUGUGGCUCCAUUGACUAACACCCAGUCCGAGGCGGAGCAGCGGUCACGAUUUGCUCCGAUGACCCCGUCCACGAGACGAGUUCGUGAAGACACGCUUCUCAAAGGAUCCAUGACUGCAGCCAGUCCCUCUCUCCGUGGCCAGAUCUCUGUCAGUCAGACCAACGUGUCCCAUGACCUGCCCGACGAAUCAAUCUUGAUGCGACACGGCCAGCACAGUGCCGUAAUCCCGAGCUUGCUUUCACUCUGGCGCAACGCCGUGCGAGCCACCGGUACCUUUGACGCCUCGAACCGAUGCCGCGUGACCCCUUUCCAGGUAGUUAACCUGAUGGGAGAAAAUUUUCAAGCGAUCAGCCAUCUUCCUGCGCCGCUACGUCAGUCCAGAACCGCACAGCCUCAAACAUUCGAUAUUCUUGUCGCAGCCGAGCACCAGAUCGUGAUUCUUGCUCCACAGCUAGUCGAAUCCGAUGACAAUGCAGCAGCCGCCCAGGUUGUGAAGCAAGAAGUGGAGGCAGAAGCAGACCAGAUGAUGCUGCGCCGCGGCGAACUGGACGUGGAGGGAAUGGGCCGCCUCCUGAACGGCAUGGCAGGCGGCAGUGGGUCUCUACGCGUCGGCGGCAGUCCUGUGAAACGGGCUCGCAUCUUCACUUGA